AUUUUUGUGAAACUAGCUCCAGUGAUUAGCCACGUCAUGUAAACUUAGCAGUGGAGCAUUUCUUGUUUCAGAACAACGAGGAUUCGCGUUUUUUGGGGGACUAUUAGUUAUUUUCAAAGCGUAUUUCAGGGUUGUGAACUGUCAGAAACCCUAUGGAAAGAUGUCAGACAUCGGGGACUGGUUCAGAAGCAUCCCGUUCAUCACCCGGUCCUGGUUCGCUGCCUCGCUCGCUGUUCCCUUCCUGGGGAAAUUUGGGCUGAUUGAUCCCAGGAACCUCUUGCUGGCGCCGGAGUUGUUCUUUAACAAAUUUCAUCUCUGGAGACCAGUGACGGCCACCCUGUAUUUCCCAGUAUACCCUAACACCGGGUUCCUGUUCCUUGUCAACCUGUAUUUCCUCUACCAUUACUCCUCACGGCUAGAGACAGGGGCGUUUGAUGGCAGACCGGCAGACUACAUAUUCAUGCUCUUCUUCAACUGGAUCUGCAUUGUUAUAACUGGGCUGCUGAUGAACAUGCAGCUGCUGAUGAUUCCGUUGAUCAUGUCGGUUCUUUACAUCUGGGCUCAAUUCAACAAAGACACGAUUGUGUCCUUCUGGUUCGGAACGAGAUUCAAGGCACAUUAUCUACCAUGGGUCAUCCUCGUCUUCAACUUCAUCAUCGGAGGAUCGUUUGUGAAUGAGCUGGUCGGGAACCUUGUGGGUCACCUCUACUUCUUCCUCAUGUUCAAAUACCCCAUGGACCUGGGAGGACGCUCAUUCCUCACCACACCAGAGUUCCUGUAUCGGUUCUUCCCUAACAGGAGGGGAGGGGUGUCGGGCUUCGGAGAACCUCCCAGCAGGAGACCAGCUGCCCAGGAGCAGGCGGGUGGAGGAGGAGGAGGAGGUGGACGCCACAACUGGGGCCAUGGCUUCCGUCUGGGGGGUGAAUGAGAGGAGAAAGCUGCACCCCCCCCCCACCCUGUUUGCUCCCAUUACAAAAUAGCUGUGCAGUUGAUGUUUCAGGUUAAAAUGUUUGCUUCUUCACAUUUUUCUCUGUUUGAGUGAGCCAACAACCCAAACUUUAAUUCACAUUCACGUUUAGUUUUAAAGAAUACAACAAGAUGAAAUUUGAGGAAGCAUACAUUUUAACCACGGAAGCACAGCAGGACUCAAGACUCUGGCUCAAUUCACCAAGUACAGCCAGCUAUGCUAUACUACUACUGUCCAUGUGAAGCAGAUAGAAGGAAAUAUGAAUAAACAGAUUUCUUUUUUUUUU